AUGAGAAUUGAACUGGCCACCCUGCGUCUCUAUGUGUGGCCCCAUCUGUUGCGUGCAUGCCGGGCUCGUGGUUUCGCCUUACAGAUCAUUGACCAAUCAGCUGGCACAGAUGUUGAUCCACCAAGCAGACCUGAACUAGAGGUCCAACAAACCCGUCAGAUUUUUGACGAACAUCUUAGUAAACGAAACGAGCUGAAGACCUAUUUGAACUGCUUGAUUCUGCUAUCAAACCGCUCAGUUGGUCCGGUUCCCCGGCUUCCAGUAAAACUCAGAGAACAGACAAUUUUGUAUGUGAAGGAAUCUGCUCAACGAGAGAUUGUGUCCAUUGGUGCAGAGGUGAAAGAACUCAAAAGACAACUUUACUCAGCCGAUGCAAAUCAGGAGCAAAAGGACCAGAAGGCUACUAAAUUCGAAUCGACAGACAAUACUUCUCAAGCCAGUGGGCUAUCUACCGGUUCGCGAAUUUCAAGCAAGGAGGAUUUGCUCAGGCACAAAUCCGAACUGAUUCAGGCAUUGAGCCCGGACGUGUUGCAAAAGUGGUACCGUUGCGUCUCAUCAGGUUCCAACGAAGCUGAACGAAUGUAUCAUCUUCAGCCUGUCAGAAGUGUGUAUCCCGAUGUGCUUCGAUAUGAAGACCAGUCACGUCGUCAAGCCGCUAUCGAAUGUUGGCUAAAGGACUCGCACCACAUUGCUUGCUUAUUCAUGCGCUAUAUCAAGCCAUGCCAGAAAAACGCUGGAGACAGUGAAGCUUUACCAAACAGUAUGGCAGGAAGACGGGGUUCAAACCUUGAGACAACUACCAGGGAGGCUGAUGAAGAUGAGACAAAGGAACGAGUCCCAGACGAGGAAGACCGAGCAUUUAUAAUGGAGUCUGGUAAGAAACUCCUGUUUUAUGCAACACUGUAUGCCUAUCAGGGGAUCAGCCUGGGCCGAUUGCUUUAUAUUCUUGUUACUAAUUUUCAUAUGAGUAGUAUAGCAAUCGAAGAACAACUGGAAGCAUUCUUAACUCCCGGAAAAGAAAGCAAGGACUGUUUUGUGGUGGUACGUCUUCACGAUGACCAAUCAAGGCAAUCAAGGCUUCUUUCGAUCAAUAAGCGAUCUGAAUCACUCAGCUUGCCAACGAAUCGAUCAGUGUUGAAUGUCAGUUUGUUUUCUACGAAUGGCCCGAUCAAUCCACUUCUGGAUAGCCACCUAGAGGCGCCGUUUGAAGAAUCGGAGAAUAGGGCAAAGCGUGUUGUUGAAGAUUCCAUUCUGUGCGUUCCACCGGCAAACCAGUCACAAUACGAUCUGGCCGUCUUCACUCAUCUCACACUGGAAGAUCGCAUUUUUCGAAAACGACCUCCUCUCGAACCACUGGAUCAGAAAGAACACUCCAGCUACCUGGAAGCGUUUUGCCGAUCCAUUCGUGAGCAAUUUAUGACCAGUCUUGUGGCGGAAAUGAAUCGAAGAAUGGAGAAGGAAAGGCAGAAUCAGCACGGUGCUGAAGCGGAUAAACAGAAAAUAUGGGACCUGGAAUACGAGAUUAGCGCACACUGGGAGAUGUGUGAAAAGAUGGCUAGCGAGUUUGUGGGACAAAGUGAAAAACUGGAUGAAAUUGUUGGUUGGAUCGAUUCGUGCACGAAGGAAAUACAAAAUGUCGCCGAGGAUUUGGACCCCCCGGAAGGACGUUUUCACUGGCUCACUGUCAGUGGGAGUUCGGGAUGUGGAAAAUCGGUUUUACUUGCUAAACUGGCGAAAACCAUGCUUCUGGAUGAGCAUAUGCGCGAACGUGCCCGUGUGGUUUAUCGAUCCAUCGGAAGUUCCACAGUUUCACUGAAACUCCUCGAUACAUUGCACUACCUAUGUUGUGAGCUCUCAACUCAAAUGAAGCCCUCUUUGUUGCCUCAGAAUUAUGAUGGACUCCGCAACGCCAUGCAUGAUGCACUGAUCGAGGCAUCUUACGAACAGCCCUCCUCGCUGCCUCUGGUUGUCGUACUUGAUGGGAUAGAAAAUUUUGAAGAAUUCGCCCAAAGAUCAGCCUAUUUCCCAGUCUCCUGGCUUCCAGCCGAUUGGAUACUCAGACAACCUCGACUUAAUUGUCCAGUGUUCUUUGUCUUGGGUGUAGCCGCCACCUCACAAAACUCUGAGAGAAUGCCCGGUAAAACAGGAUUGUUGGACUUGUUACGCCUUCCUCAGACAGAAAGCACUCAUUUGAAACACAUUCAGCUUACUCCUCUCGGAGAAAGAGAUGUGAACAUAUGUCUUCGGGUUUGGAUUGCAGAAAACUAUUCAAACCAGCAUACUGUGGAGAAGGAUUUACAACUAAAGCAUGAAAGCGAUACCCUCAAUCCCCUGUCUCUAAGGUUGUUGCAAGCCAUGAGACUUCAAGGAAACGACUUAAACGAACUGGAAGACUACACUCCAUCAACUGUUCUGCACGCCUGGUUUGCAUGCGCAGAACAGGAAUUCGGGUAUGAAAAGGUACAGUUCAUCAUGGGACAUUUGUUGGCCGCUCGGUGGGGCUUAGAUAUGGAGGAUUUGCUGACGUUGGGCCUGCACAGUAUGCGCAACCGUAUCCAGGUCACACCUGGUGUCAAAAUGACGCAUCGGCACACGGUGGCCGCGGUGAACUGGGAUCAGUGGUUUACCAGUGUUUCGACAGAUGAAUUGGUGGUCACGUUUCUUUGGGUUAUUCGGUUUUUCAAUGCCUAUCUCAUCCCAACGGGGAUUCUCUGUCGGCGCCGGGGACCUCCAGACGGAUCAGCAAUCUUUUACUAUCUGAGGCAUGGUGCUGUUCAUCACGUUGCUCAGGUUCGUUAUCUUGAGAAGCUGAACAACGUUCAAACUUACAGAAAUCUCUCGUUCUGGGCUUUACAGGAAAUGCAAAUGCGUGGAGUUGCGUCCCUCUCAAGUUGGCGGUGGAUUUUCGAACUUCCUUGUUAUCUUAGCCAAUCAGGUCAGUUUGAACGUCUCAGGAAUUUGUGCUUCUUCAGCCCCACCUGGCUAAGCGAGGUGAUGGAUGUCAGCGUACAGUUCAACCAGUAUUACACAAACGUCCAUUUGGUGAUGGAGGAAAUCGUGAGAUGUUUGUGUUACCUGAAUGAAGAGAAAGUGUUAUUUACGGUUGCCACUGUGCCGAUUGAGAGAGCCAACUAUGAUCCGUUUGUCCUUGCCAUAUGCACCAUAUUAGGAGAUGAUGACGAUCUGCUCAGAUUGCUGACUGCUUUAGGUGGCUGGAUUCCACGGAUGAAGCAAGACCCGGUGUUACUGAAUUCGUUGAUUUACGGUACAUUUUAUUCCAAAAAAGAUGGAUUGGAAGAUCUUGGUAAGUUGGCACAACGUGUGCAACAUGAAAUGAACAACCUGGUGUUGAAACCAAUCAACUUUAACACUCAGGUCUCCAUUGGGUGUGUGGAUUAUGUCGCCGAACGUCUCAUAUCCAGCUUCCAAAACUCGAGUUUAACCUUUGCAAGAACAUCUCUCCAUGUGACCGCUUUGGCGCAUUCCCCAAAUAGACGAUAUUUAGCUACCGCAACCAAGGAUACAGUAACGUUGAAAGUGAAAAUCGAUAUCUGGCAACUGUCAACGAAUCAGAUUGUUUGGAGUCAGACUGUUGGACUAGGAUUGGUGGACAGAAUAGAUCAGCUGGUUUGGGUAACCAAUCAGGCGAUACUUGCUGUAGAGUUUCCUAAACACAGAAUGACUGUGUGGCCAAUCGAUAAGGAGAAAAGUAGUUGGGGUGAUACUUAUUUUCAACUCAGCGACAAUCGGGGCAAGGCACAAGAAAGUUGUUUAGUAUAUGCCGUGGAAACCCCGGUGGCAGGAAUCUCCUACGUACUCAUUUUGAAUCUCGCGGACCUCAGGAUAGAUGUGUGGAGAUGGAAAUGGACCAGUUUGGAGUAUAUGCACACCUCCAUCACACUAGUUGAAUCAGAACAAAUGCCAUUGAAACAGUAUAGUACCGAAGUGCACCACCGUCGAAGAUCCUCUUUGGCACCCAAACCAUCCAUUGGUCUUUUUAUUGCGGCUACAGUAAGGAAUAACCUGUUCCACUUUGUUUGUGCAAGCAGAAACGAAGCUGUUGCAAGGCUUGUUUCCUUCGAACUGAAAGACAAAGACCUUGUGUUGGAUUUCAAAAACAAAGUCCAAGAAGAAUUGCUCAGCUGUCCGAAUCAGGGUGCGCGUAUUUUUGCCGUGGACAUUGUGGAAAACGGACCUGUCGUUUUGGCUAGUAGAGCACCUUCUGAAUAUCCAAUCAACAGCGGAGUUGUAGGUUGCUUGGACUUGUUUGAUUUGCCCUCUGGAAAGUUUUUAAAACAUAUCGAAGGUGAACCAGCCACACUGGAAUUUAUCGAAAGCGGGCCAUCAGGCGGUUUUGGUCUCAUGUCCAAAUCCAUCCCACCACAAUUGAAGUUAUUCAGUUCACCAGACGCCACGAGUGUCGUAAGUGUUUCAGAGAGCUUCGAGAAGAAAAUUAAGACUGAUAUUAGCAUGGAAGUACUAUGUUGGAACCUUGUCAAUCGAACCAACUUGACGUUAACUAGUGCGGCACUGUUACCUCAGCUAGUUACCGAAGUGCAAAAGCCAUUGCCUCUUCCAGUGCUGGCUGACAACUGCGGAGUCCGGUCGCUCAGUUUGUGUUUCCCGCGCCCAGUGAGUGAUCCAAAUAUUAUCUGGAAUUGCAGUCCGCUGAAAAGGGCUCAGAAAACCCUGCAGGAAAAUGCUGUGCGAAAAAAGUCCAUUUGUACGCUAGUGGGAUUAAAUGCACCCAACAAGCAGUCCAUAACGUAUGUCUACCAUGACGUAAAAGAUGGCUGGCACUUUGGUUUACUGCUGGAGAUGGAGGGCUCACACCUCGGUGCAGAAAGUUGCGAUCGAUAUGUCCAGAAACUCUUCCAAGUGCAGCCUGUGGAAUCGAAAAUUUGGUCGUCAACGGAUCGAUUCCUUUUGGGAGGAAACUUGUUGGUCGUGCUGAGCAAUUUGACAUACUCGGAAGAACGAGGGGAAAGCAAGUGA